UUAGGACUAUAAAUAACCUGCUGUUGCUUUUACUUUGUCAUAUAACAGUUUUCACAUAGUGCACAAAAUUAAAAGUUUGGUUGUUCUGUUCAGUGCUUUUUAAGUUCUGCUGACUAUUUUUUUUUAGUGCUCUUGAAGCUGCUGUCUCUUUGCCUUAAAUGUUGGUACAGCCAUAAAUAUCAUCAUUAAUUUCAAUUUAGUUGGAAAAAUGAUAGAAAAUAAUGCAUUUGUGUGUAAACAAAACAGCAUUAUAGCACAAACAAAAAGUCCAAGCAGAAAACGCCGUCGUAUUUCUUCACACAGAAUUGAUUCUUUGUCUCCUAGCCAAAUAUCUCCCACAUCUUGGGAUAAUAAUUCACACUCUAUUGGCAGAAUGGUACAUGGAAGAAAUACAUCACGUAUUGCCAUUCCAGAACAGUCUUCUACUUGUAGAAAUAGUCUUGGUGUAAGAUGUGAAAGUAUUCCAUCAUGGUGUGAUAAUCAAGUUAGAGAUCACAGAUAUAACUAUCAGCCUGCCUUCCAAAUGAAUCAUGCAUUGCCACAUCCUGGUCUUUUGGCUCAUCCUGCUGGUACUCAGCAAGGAUAUGUUUGUGAUAUUACACAGGUUGCAGGAAGUGUUCCUGGUAUAUCUACUCAUCCAUUUCUUAUAUACAAUGGAACUGAAAAUAUUGGGCCAAUUCCUAUUUCAUCACCAUAUUAUGUUUCGGGCACUAUUUCAGGCAAUAUUCAACCUCAGAUAGUUGCUCCAAAUUUUGCCUGUAAUUGUUGCUAUCAUCAGACUAGAUAUCGUUCCAUAAAUCCCACAAUUCCUACACAACUCAUUCAAGCACCAAAUCAGCAAUUGCCUCAUUUUCAACAACAAAUUCCAGCAAUGGAUCAACCCCAAUAUCCUGUGUCUUCUUCAAUAAAUACUCAGUCACAAGAUAAUGGUUUAGGAAACCGUAAUGCAGAUUCUCAGACAAAUUAUCCGAAUAUUCCACCAUCACCAAUUAUUGCUGCAUCAACUUUUUCUGCAAUACAAGAUAUAAAUAGUUUUCCAAAUGCUCAAUGGAUGGAUAAUCGGGGAAGAAGACAUGCAAGUAGACAUUGGAGAGGAACAGUGUUACCCCCAGUACCACCAGCAUAUCAGGGUUUUCUUCUGCAUUUCAUCAGUGCCAUGUUAUCCAAUCCAUCAGUACCACCUUAUAACCAAGAAUUACCUAAUUCAGAUUCUCCAGAAGCAGAAAAUUAUGAAGCAUUACUUAGUCUUGCAGAAAGAUUGGGUGAAGCUAAACCUCGUGGAUUGCCCAAAUCUGAAAUUGAUCAAUUGCCUUCUUAUCGUUGUAAAUUGGAAUCUCGUGAAAAUGAUCAAACAUCUUGUGUUGUGUGCAUGUGCGAUUUUGAAUCUCGUCAGAUGUUAAGGGUCUUACCUUGUAGUCAUGAAUUUCAUUCUCGUUGCAUUGAUAAAUGGUUAAAGGCAAAUCGAACUUGUCCUAUUUGUCGAGGAGAUGCCUCAAACAUUCGACAUCAACAAACACAUCAAAAUACAGUGUAGAUAUUCUUGUUCUCUACAAGAAUAACAGUAUUUCAUAUCAAAUCAAACACUUAUACUUUGAUAGCUGCAGUUUUUUUUUCCUGUCUGAUCGCAUAUGUGUUGCCUGUAUGAUGUUAUAAAUGUAUUCUAAUUUUAUCAUAAAUGUAAAGUAUCAUUAUUAGAUGAUGAUAUUUUCCAUUCAGCUGUGUUAGUGCAGUUAUAGGAUACAGUGAUGCUUAAUUAAUAACAACUUUAUUUGAGAUGCGAUCAUUUAAUGAAAAUGCAAGAGAAAAAAAUCUUAACAAAACAACGAGUAUGUAACUACUAUUGUGCCUUGAGAAUACUUGGCAUAAACUGGAAAAGUAAUUUUGCCUUAUUCAAUUAUAAAUAGAUGGACUUGCUCAAAAUCUUUAAAAGUCGAACUUUAUUGUGCUGCCGGAUUGUGAAAUAUUUGUCUGUCAAUAUAAUGUAUUACAUAUUAAUCACUCACUCCAAAAUAUUCCAUAAAAAAAUUUAUCUAAUUAUUCAUUUAGAUAGUUUAACAAUAUUAUUGGGAAUAUUUUAUAGGUAUAUAAAUGUGUUGUUUCACUCCUAGAUUGUGCCAAUAUACAAUUUCAGAAUUUUUGAUUAAGGUCAAAGUGGAAAUUGGUGCACUUCAGUUAUGAAAACUUAAAUUUUAAAUAUUUUAAAUUACAAUAGUUUUUGAAUAAAACACAUCCUUAUAAGUCUAUAAUAUGAAACUACUUUAAGAUAUAUGAAUAGAAGUUGUUUGAUAUUAUUGGUUUAACUUGAUAUUUGUUUUUUUUUUCUGAUCUCUAGAUAUCUUCA